AUGGCGUUUUUGGUUAAGAAAAAGAAGUUUAAGUUCCAGAUUUCUUUCACCCUGGAGGAACUCACUGCUGUACCGUUUGUGAAUGGAGUUCUCUUCUGUAAGAUCCGGCUGCUAGAUGGAGAUUUUGCCACAUCUUCCUCCAGGGAAGAGGUACAGGAGUACUCCGUCCGUUGGGAAAAAAAGUUUUCUUUCAUCUGUAAGAUUAGUGCCAACCCCAGUACUGGCAUUCUGGAUCCCUGCGUUUGUCGCGUCUCUGUGAGAAAGGAACUGAAAGGAGGAAAGGCAUACUCAAAGCUGGGUUUCGCUGAUCUGAACCUGGCGGAGUUUGCCGGCUCAGGCUCCACCGCACGCUGCUGUCUGCUCGAGGGCUACAACACCAAGUACACUCGACAAGACAACUCCAUCCUAAAGGUUACUAUUGGAAUGACACUUUUAUCUGCAGACCCAUGUUUUAAAACUCCUACUAGUACUGGCAAAUCUAUCUCGGUGCCAGGCCGAGAGCCCUCUCUGCAAUUAGAACGGAAGGGAGAGGGCACAACUGAGAGUUCUGGUGUACAACUGACCAGACCAAGACCCUCUAUUCUCAGUUUAGGUUUAUCCGAAGAGGGGAGUCAGAGUCGGGCCAGCCUGGAUGAAUCCUUCCACAUUGGUCAUUCCCGAAACUCCAGCUAUGCUAGUCAACAGAGCAAGCUGUCAGGCUACAGCACUGAAUACUCCUGCUCCUCCAGUCUUUCGGAUCUGACCCAUUGCAGAAACACCUCCACAGGGAGCAGUGUAAGUGCAGACAUACCCUCGGAAAAUGACAGUCGCCCGGAGAGACCUCAGAGACCUCCACUGCCUGUUCUGGCCUGUAACAGACCUCUGCGGAGGGUGCAGAAUUCUGUGGAGAACCACCCCACCUGGGUUAACGACACGCGCAUUGAUGCUGACGACAUAGUGGAGAAGAUCGUUCAGAGUCAGGACUUCGCUGACACCAGUAACAAUGAAGACAGCAAUCUACGACUGUUUGUCAGUAGAGACGGAACUACUGCAUUAAGUGGAAUUCUGCUGGGAAACAAGGUUUCUGCUGGUGUUUAUGAACCGGUGGUGAUUGAAAGCCACUAGAACCACAAAGCUGUGUUUCCUUUUUUUUGUUCCUGCUUUCAUAAUAUGUGAGAUCUGUGGACCAUGUGAGAUCUUGUUCAGAAAACAGAUCAAAUCUAGUUUAGGUCUUGGUCUAAAUGUUUAAAACUACAUUUAUACUGAUAUAUGAAGGAUUAGUUGAAUAAGGCUGUGAAAUCAAUAGUCACUAUAACACUAACAAAGAGCUUAAUACACAAUUCACCACCACUAUGAGGUUCAGUACUUGUGGAUCUAUAAUGUUGUAUGUAUUUUAUUGUUAUUGUUUGUUGUUGAAGAACCUACGUAUAUUUGUUAAGAGUUGAGCCCAGGUGUGAUAAACAUGCUUUAGUAAUUUUCUUCCUUGAGUACCAGCUGGCCUGAGUACUGUGUGAGGUUGAAAAUGGUUUACCUUUAUGUCUACAGAGUGGACAUGUAGAGGAACCCCACUGUUAUAUACUGAUUAGCCAAAACAUAAGGACCACCCCCCCCCUCCAAAAAAAAAUAUGCAUGGCAGGGAUAAAGACCUGUGUGACUUUGAUAAUGGUUAAGCUGAGGCAGCUUUGAAACUGUAUGGAAUGACCACAGGCACCCGUUGAGAGCUACAAAGCCACAAACCGCCAACAGGUUGCUGGGCUGCCAGGACUCAUGAUGCCAGAGGACAUGAAGAUUUUGGCAUCUGCUACAGCAGAGCUAUUGUGGCAUAAAUUGCUGAUUUUUGUAUCCUUCACAUCCUUCUGGUUAGUGGAGUCAGAAUGCCCAUGCUAACUUCUGUUCACCAUUGAAAGCACCUACAGUUGACUGGUCUAAUGAAUCCUGUGUUCUCCAGAAUCAUGUGGAUGAGUGGGCCAGAGAAGAUGGCACCAGGAUGCACUGAAGAAUAGAAUAGAAUGUCUUUAUUUGUCAUAUAUACAGUACAUACAUCGCUAGGCAUAACAUUAUGACCACUGACAGGUGAAGUGAAUAACACUGAUCAUCUCUUCAUCACGUCACCUGUUAGUGUGUGUGUG